GGGAAACCCAUGAGUUCCGCCUUUCUCCUCUGUCUGAAACUGCGCUGUASAAUAUAAGUAAGGCCUAUGAAAGGCUUCGUGCCAAGAGCGACCACACUCUGCGAGAAGACAGAGCUGCGCGAAGAGGAACAAACACUCUCCUGGACCCAUUUGUUUGGUUCAAUUCUGUGUGGACUUUCUUCUGAAGUUCAGACUUCUUACAGUGGAUUCAUGGGACAUCAGGACAGCCAAAAGGACGUUGAGUCUCUUCAGAAGACCGACCGGCGGCGCGGGAGCUGCAUGAACAUUUUUCUCAUCACCUCCAUUUUUUUCCUGUUUGUCUCGGUGGCAGCUCUGGCUGUUUGUGGAGUGAUGACUGUGAGAAAACUGCAAUCUGACCUGCUUAAACCCUACCAGGUCUCGGACUCUGGAAUUGUUGAGAGUCUCAGUGGAGAACAACCUUUGCCAGGUUUUAAGAUGCAGAAUUUUGCCUACAUUGAAGCUGUUACAAGCACAGUAAACAAUAAGACCAUGGAGUGGGCUCCGGUUACAUAUGGUGAAGGGAAUUCAAUAGGAAGCAAAUAUAUCUUUAAGUCUAACAAGAAUUCCCUGAAUCCAAGACAGAUGGGGACCUACUUCAUAUACAUCGAGGUCAACCUCACCUGCACCUACACCUCCAACUGCUCUGCAGGUGUCCUCAAACUGCACGUGGGCGACAAACUCACCUGUAACGUGAAGCUUCCAGCACAUGCAAGAUCUGUGAGCGAGAAGUGCUUCACUGUAACACAGUUGGAUACAAGUGAACUGCUUACUCAGAUGGUGGUUCCAACGCACGGACUGCAGAACUGGAAACUGGAGAUGACUGGAUCUGGACUUGGCAUGUUCCUCGUCGACUGAAAGGAUGUGAGAAAUCACUUUGGUGCAGAUGCAACUGAUGAUAACAGCAGCGAGAGCUUUUUUGCAUUUUUAUGUCCAGGAAGGUGAAAAUGUUCAGGUGUCAUUUUAAAGCCUGGAGAUGCAAGAGAAAAUCCUUAGCAGGGUUUGAAGGUGGUUGUUCAGAAGGUGCAAACAGGAAAGACUUUAAACCAAACUCGUUCUUUGUAAAUAUGGCCGUUUUUCAGUGUAUUUAUUUGAUGACGCACUUAUUUAUCCACUUGUAUUUAUAAGGAGGUUAUUAUCUCCUGCUGAAGAUUUAUUUUGAUGUAGAUGUCACUACGUUU